AUGCCAUCAACUGCAUAUUAUUCCUCGGAUGCGAAAAACUCCUAUGCGCCUGUUGCAGCGGGACAAGCAACUCUUUUGGAACAAUCAGUCAUGAAGAGUGCCCUGCUGCACAGACCCGGGGAUACUUAUAGCUCCCAACCACCCAGCAUCCCGAGCGCCAGUCUUAGCGCAGCGAUCGCUUCCUCGUUAUCACUAGGUGAUAAUAACCAAGGUCUUUCACGGCUUGAGGAUGUACCCCUCGAAUUGCUCAAUAGGAAUAUAUCCUUUCACCGUUCCCCGUCGGCACCACUUGACGUAUUAAUAAAGUCGAGGAUUGAAAAGAUGCCGAACUCCCUUGUCCUAGUGAACAAUAGCAAAGCCGACAGCGAAGGUAGGUUCCUCCUGCAUCCCACGUGUAGGGUUGGCUCAUUUUACGAUUAGUGUCUUACGUUGCCACGUAAAUUACUUGCAGAACGCCUGCAUUGCUUUAACUAGUCAACGCUACGAUUUCUGAGGUUAACAUUGCAAAAUUUGUAGAUAAUUGAUUUUAUCUCCGCCCUCAUUUUUACCAUAUUAGUUGACUCUGGAGUGCCUCAAAGCUGCAAACGAGUCUUGUUUACGGACGCCGAACUCCUCCGAUGCUGUCAACAGGCACAGUCUUCGCUUCCUCGUAGCAUCAUGGGUCUCCACAAUGCAGGGAACACGUGCUACUUGAAUUCUGUGCUGCAGUGCCUUCUGGCCACCGGUCCUCUUCUUUGCUACAUUGUGGGGAAUCAUAAUCGUUCAAAUAACUGUCCGUAUAUCAGCGGAAAAGCGAACAAUGGGAUGCGACGUUUUUGUGCCCUUUGUGGAUUAUUUAAACUCUACCAGGAACACGAGCCCCAAAGUGCGUUUCCACACCAGUCGAGCAUCUUUAAUCGGACCUCAGCAGGGCAGACGACGCCUUCGUACUUUGUGUCGAAUGUUAGAGGUAAGGAAUCCAGUCGACCGUUUACUCUUCAUAACUUCUGAUACCUGAGGAUAUAACUGUUUAAUUAUGUAAAUAGAUCUAAUAAUGAGAUCGUAUCAGCGUUAGUCCUUUAUUUUUCUACAAAGUCGGCGCCUGUCACCCAAUUAUAUGUAGGCCUGACGCUUGUAGCUGCAUUACCUAGUGUUCAUAAGAAAAGAAUAACCCAGUUGGGAUACUACAAUAACAUUUAUGACAAAUUUUAGAUAGGUACUCCGACCAUACUUUAAAGCCCGUGAUAUGCUUACCCAGGGCGAACUGUGUACACACUAAGAUGUUUUUGCCCUGCCAGAGGCCCUUUCCUAUCAGAAUUUAAAUUCUUCUGCAGAAUCGCUUUAAACAUAGACACAGUUGCACCCUACUAUCAAUGCAGUACUUUCAAAACUUGGCGUUAUGAACUUUCUCAUCUUUAACCUAGUGUUCUGCUGCGUCCGCCAAUACCUGUUAAUCUGCACACCCACUUAUGCACCUAAAGUAACCCUCCGACCCGUUCCU